AUGUACGCUAGAUACCUAGCGACCUACGGAGCUAAAGCUAACGAGAGCUGGCUAACGUUCUCUAAGCAGCUAAUAUUAGUUAAAGAGAUUACUAAGAUUAUCGUUAUUAACGUAGCGCGCAAGCUAGCAUUUAAUCGCGAUAAAGUGCUAGAAGACCCGCUAAAGCUUAUCGUCACUCUAGCGCAUUAUUCCAUCCAGGAGUAUCUUAUGUCAGAGAGGAUCAAACAAGGACACUCAAAUCAGUACAGUAUACAAGCGGCAAAAUACCACAGUGCAAUAGCAGAGGAUUGUUUAAAAUAUCUACUGCAGUUCCAGCAACCAAUCUUAAAGCACAUUCUUAAGGAUUUUGCGCUCGCAAGUUACACAGCAAAGUUCUGGAGUAGCCAUUUUCGGAAAAUGAAGGAUGAGACAGGCAGAGUGAGCCAGGUAGCGAUGAGCCUGAUGUCGAAAGAGCAACCCGCAUAUCUCACAUGGAUCCGGCUGUACGACCCAGAUCAACCAUGGGCAUUUCUACGCUUAGACAGAGGCCUAGAAAGUACAGCUAUGCCGCUUUACUAUGCCGCUUUGCUGGGCUUGUGCACAAUUACGGAAAAGCUCCUAGAUGAAGGCGCCGACAUCAACGCCGCGGGCAAAUAUGAUAACGUAUUAUCGGCAGCUUCAUCAUACGGCUACGAGCAGGUAGUGAAGAUACUACUAGACGCGGGCGCUAACGUUAACGCGCCAGAUAAAUACUACGGCAACGCGUUGCGGGCAGCUACAUUAGAGCGCCAUGAGCAGGUGGCCAAGCUCCUAGUUGAUGCAGGCGCUGUUUUCCCUAGCCUCCCUGGCAAGUUACUUUGGCAGACAACACGAUGA